AUGACGACAACAACAAAUGAUGACAUAGAUUUUGAUUUUUCACAAUUAGAAGAUACUUUAAUUAGUGAUAAUCAAAAGCAAAGUUUACUCGAUUAUAUGAAUCAAAUAAAAAGUCAAAAACGUUCAAUUAAUGAUGAAUUUAAUCAAUUUAAAUUAUCAACAGGUAAUAAUAUAAAACGACGACGUACAAAACGUCAAAUGUUAUCAAAUUCAAUAUCAUUACCAAUGGUUAAUAAUGAACAAACAAAUAAUUUACAAACAAUGAUUGAAACAUUGAUUUAUAUAGUACAUGAAAUAAAUCUUGAACAAGUAAAGCUAACAACAACAGUUAAUCAAUUAAUAAAACGUAUUAAUCAAAAUGAAUUAUAUUUAAAUCAAUUAAAUAUUAAUAUUGAAACAUUAUAUGAACAAUUUCAUAUAAAACAAGAUUCAAAUUUUGAAAUAGAACCAGUUGAAGUAUUAAAAUCAUCGUUUAUUGAUGAUAAUUGUCAACAACCAAUUGAUAUGAGUACAACAAGAAAUAAUUCAUUUGAAAAUACAACAAACAAAAUUGGAAAAACAGUAUCGAAUAAGGAAUAUAUUGAACUUGGUGAUCCAUCCAUUGGUUUAUCUUGUCUUGUAUUAAAACGUAAAUAUGAUCAAGUACGUCGUCGUACUGAAUUAGCAUAUAUUCAUGGUGAAAAACGUGCAAUUGGUCGUUUAUUAACAUUUUUAAUACGACAAUUUUUUUCUAAUGAAGAAUUACGUAGUGCAUCAUUAGACGGUCGUGUACGUCAUACUCAAGCAUUAGCUGAAGAUCGUAUGUCUAUUAUUGAUAAACAUUUACAAACAAUAUUUGGUAUUGAUUAUAAUCUCUAUCGUAUAACGAAAGAUUGUGCUGAACAAGUUAAUGUUGUUUGUCGACAUGCAAGAAAUCCAAAGAAUUUUUUUGAUAAUAAUAAUAAUCAUAAUAGUAAUAAUAAUAAUUCAAAUAUUAAAAAUGAAAUAAAUCAUUCAAUACUAAAUCAAAAUGAUAUUAUUGAUGAUGAUGGACAAUUGGAUGAAUAUGAAUCAUUUCAAGAACAAUUGUUUAUUCAAGCGAAUGAACAACGAUUUCAUGAAUUAGCACGUGAAUAUGAUACUGUUCGUAGUGAAGUCGUUAAACAACGUGAAAUUGAAAGUCAAUUACGUAAUGAAAAUGAACAAUUACAAAAAGCAUCGAAUGAGAUUGAUCAACAAUUAACAACUAUUCGACAUAAUGAACAGCAACUUAGUACGAAAUUGGAAACGACACUGGAACAAGUUCGACAGUUAUCAACAGAACGAGAACAAUUAAAAAAUAUUAUUAAUGAAAAAGAAAAAGAAAAUUAUGAAUUACAAAAACAACGUGAGUCGCUAGAAGAAGAAAAUCAUCAAGUACAUAAUACAAAUACUUCUACAAUUACACGUUUACAAGAACUCGAAACUACUCGUUCUCAACUUCAAAGUUUAGAAGCAUUAUGGAAUAAAGAACGACAAUUAUUUACUGAACAGUUACAAACAUUAGAACAAUCAUUAAUCGAAAGCAAAAAAUUAUCUAUUGAUCGUCAAACAACAAUCAUGCAGUUAACUGUACAAUUAGAAUCAACUGAAGGACAAUCAAAUGCACAAAAACGUUCAUUAGAUAUGGGUCUUGAUGAAAAAAAUGAAGCCAUACUUAAUCUUGAUCGACAAUUACGUGAAAAAACACAAAGAAUAGAACAACUUCAGACUGAUCUUCAACGAACUGUACGUCAAAUGGAAAAUCAACAAAUAACAUCGAAUAAAACAAUUCAAUCACUUAAAAAUCAAAUUGAUGAAUUAGCGAAAAAAAAUUCGAUUAUUAAUGAAAAAUAUGAUGAACAAAAUCAAUUGUUAGUUAAAGUCACUUCAGGUUAG